AUGACCGAGACUGUCGCCGCUGCACUUCCAGCCUCGGCGCCUCCGCAAAAUGGCUCUGGCAAUGCCAUGGCCCCUCCUCCUCUGCACAUUCCUGCAAACAACAAUCCGAUUCCGACUGCCAUGACCUCUCCCAUGGGCGAGAACAGUGGAGUCAUGUCGCCCACGAGCCCUGGAGGAUUCCGACGAUCUGCUCCCGAGCCUAACAAGCGCGCUCUCUACGUCGGUGGUCUUGACCAGCGAGUCACCGAGGACGUCUUGCGCCAGAUCUUUGAGACUACUGGCCAUGUUCAGAAUGUCAAGAUAAUUCCCGACAAGAAUGCGAAGGGCUUUAACUACGGAUUUGUCGAGUACGAUGACCCUGGUGCGGCUGAACGUGCCAUGCAGACCCUGAACGGUCGCCGAGUUCACCAGUCGGAAAUCCGCGUCAACUGGGCCUACCAGUCCAACACCUCUGGCAAGGAAGAUACCUCUGGUCACUUCCAUAUUUUCGUCGGUGAUCUUUCCAACGAAGUCAACGACGAAAUACUCACGCAGGCAUUCUCCGCCUUCGGCUCCGUUUCCGAGGCUCGUGUUAUGUGGGACAUGAAGACGGGCCGCUCCCGUGGCUAUGGGUUCGUCGCUUUCCGUGACCGCCCUGAAGCCGAAAAGGCGCUGAGCUCCAUGGACGGCGAGUGGCUUGGCUCUCGUGCCAUCCGCUGCAACUGGGCCAACCAAAAGGGCCAACCAUCUAUGGCUCAACAGCAGGCGAUGCAGGCUAUGGGCCUCACGCCUACAACCCCUUUCGGUCACCACCAGUUUCCCACCCAUGGUGUUGGUAGUUACGACGUCAUCCUGGCCCAGACGCCAACCUGGCAGACCACUGUCUAUGUUGGCAACCUCACACCCUACACAACCCCCAACGACGUUGUCCCUCUAUUCCAGAACUUCGGCUUUGUUGUUGAGUCUCGCUUCCAAGCGGACCGUGGCUUUGCCUUUAUCAAAAUGGACACUCACGAGAAUGCCUCCAUGGCGAUCUGCCAGAUGAACGGAUACAAUGUGAAUGGGCGGCCGCUCAAGUGCAGCUGGGGCAAGGACAAGACGUCCAACCAAGGAUUCGACCCUGCCCAGCCUUACAGCCCUCAGAGCGCCCAAGGCCCUGGCUUUCAGGGCUCAUACUAUCCUCAAUAUGGUGCCCAGUAUGGUGGCCAGCCCGGUAACUAUGGGGGUGCCCAGACUAGCUCCCCCGGUGGCUUUGCGGGCUCUUCCAUGGGAUAUAACGCGCCUCAGAGUGCUGGUGGCUAUGGUCGCGGCCAGCCUGCCAACGGUGGCCAGUGGACGCAGCCUCCCGGCCAGUUCGCAGGCUACCAGUCCUAG